GUGUCUAUAAAAGGGCCACGCAGCCACUCCUAAACAAUCCAAUCCCCACUUCUUCUCUCUUCUUCAAAUUAAGAGGAGUGUCCAAGUGUGGCGAUGGCCAUGGCCAAGCUUCUUUCCUUUGUGCUUCUGCUGCUCCUCGCCAUCUCCAUCGUUGCUACCUCUGCUCCAGCAAAGAAUCCCCAGUACCAACUCACCAGCGGACGCUAUGGCCCGGGAAGCCUGAAGAGCUACCAAUGCUCGCCGGAGUGUAACCGGAGAUGCAGCCAAACGCAGUACAAGAAGCCGUGUCUGUUCUUCUGCAACAAGUGCUGCGCCAAGUGUUUGUGCGUUCCUCCAGGCUACUACGGCAACAAGUCCGUCUGCCCCUGCUACAACAACUGGAAGACCAAGAGGGGCGGCCCCAAGUGCCCUUAAUUAAUUUAUUAUUAUUAAUAUUCCUCGAUCUAAUAUUAUGAUGAUUAGGAGCUUCAUUAAUUAGGUGGAUAAAUCCGGCCUUUUUUCUAUGAAAUUCUUGGCUCCAUGUGUCUUUGGUUUCUGCCCUUUUGGUUGGGUCAUAAGAUGAAUAUGACCCACACCCACGUGGUGUUUUGUGUCUUUGAGAUGGAACAAUUAAGGGACCUAACUUGUAGACGAAGCUCAUCAUCAGCUCUUUCAGUUGGAUUCUUAAUUUCUCUUCUUAUCUAUGUAUGGAUGUAUAAUGUAUUUGACAAUCAACUAAGCAGCAGAAGAAGAAGAAGAAGAAGUUGUUCUCUGAGUAGUUCUUAAUUAUUGUUUUGAAUUUAAAAAAUAAUAUAUAAAAAGAGCAUGUUGGAUCCUC